UUGACACGGGGAAGAAGUGAGCUAGCUAACGUACAUGUUCUACAAAACAUCCGUGGUUGUACUAUGAGUUACAAAGAGUGGCUCGAAAGUAUUAAAUGAAAACAUUUUCAUAUAAAGGAACGAAAUUAUAAACAGUGUCUGGGAACCUGCUGUGGGUCUGAGGUGAAGGUCGCCUCGCCUAACAACAUUGGACCAUGAAUCGCCCAAAGCCAGCAACACUCAGGCGCCCCAGCGCUGCCAAACCGUCAGGUCACCCUCCCCCUGGAGAUUUCAUUCCGCUCGGAGCAAAAGGCGGGGGGGAGUCCAAGGCACCUGCCGUCCUUCUGAAGCCAGCGUCCACGGGUACCACCGCCGAUCGCAAACGAGAGACGUCCACCGCUCUGCCCUCCUCCUCCUCCGGACUGUCCGGCCUCACCAAGCGGCCCAAGCUCUCCACCACGCCUCCAGUCAGCGCCCUUGGAAGGCUCGCGGAGGUCGCCGCCGUCGACAAGAGGGCCAUAUCCCCCUCCAUUAAGGAACCCUCGGUCAUACCCAUUGAAGUACCCCCAGCUAUUCUGUUGGAUGACAUCGAGGCCGCUGAGUCGGACGGUAAUGACGAUCGCAUCGAAGGGUUGCUGUGCGGAGCCGUGAAACAGCUGAAGCUGAACCGAGCCAAGCCGGACAUCACCCUCUACCUCAGCCUCAUGUUCCUGGCCAAGAUCAAACCCAAUGUGUUCGCCACUGAAGGAAUCAUCGAGGCGUUGUGCAGCCUGCUACGCCGGGAUGCUUCCAUCAACUUCAAAGCGAAGGGCAACAGUCUUGUCUCUGUACUGGCUUGUAACCUGCUGAUGGCCGCCUAUGAAGAGGAUGAGAACUGGCCCGAGAUCUUCGUCAAAGUGUACAUAGAGGACUCUCUGGGAGAAAGGAUCUGGGUGGACAGCUCCCACUGUAAGAACUUUGUGGAUAACAUCCAGACGGCCUUCGGCACUAAAAUGCCCCCAAAGAGCAUGCUGCUGCAGGCAGACACGGGCCGAACCGGAGGGGGAGACCUCAGCGCAGGCAGCAGCCCCCAUCCAUCCACUCCGGACGAGGACGACAGCCAGACUGAGCUAAUGAUCGGGGAGGACAAGCUCAGCCCUGAGGACGACGGGCAGGUCAUGCCCAGGUACGAGGAGCUGGCAGAGAGCGUGGAGGACUACGUGCUGGACGUGCUGAGGGACCAGCUGAACCGCAGGCAGCCCAUGGACAACGUGUCGCGCAACCUCCUGCGCCUGCUCACGGCCACUUGCGGCUUCAAGGAGGCCCGCCUCAUGGCCGUCCAGAGGCUGGAGAUGUGGCUGCAGAACCCCAAGCUGAACCGACCAGCGCAGGACCUGCUCAUGUCCAUGUGCAUGAACUGCAACACGCACGGCUCAGACGACAUGGAGGUGAUCUCCGUCCUGAUCAAGAUCCGCCUGAAGCCCAAAGUGCUGCUCAACCACUACAUGCUCUGCGUCAGGGAGCUGCUGAACGCGCACAAAGACAACCUGGGCACCAUGGUGAAGCUGGUGAUCUUCAACGAGCUGUCCAAUGCCCGCAACCCCAACAACAUGCAGACGCUGCACACCUUGCUGCUGCACAGCCCCGAGCAGGCCCCCAAGUUCCUGGCCAUGGUGUUCCAGGACCUGCUGACCAACAAGGACGACUACCUGCGUGCCUCGCGAGCCCUGCUCCGCGAGAUCAUCAAGCAGACCAAGCACGAGAUCAACUUCCAGCCCUUCUGCCUCGGGCUGAUGCAGGAGCGCAAGGAGACCACCUACACCGAGAUGGAGUUCAAGGAGCGUUUUGUUAUCCAGGUGACCGACCUGCUCACGGUCUCCAUGAUGCUCGGCAUCACCGGCCAGGUCAAGGAGGCGGGCCUCGCGUGGGACAAAGGCGAGAAGAAAAACUCUUUUGGGGGGAUUCCAGAUCUGGAGACCCUGCGGUCCUUUCAGAACCAAAUCGCCGCCAUCCAACGAGACGCCGUGUGGUGGCUUCACACCGUGGUGCCCUCCAUCAGUAAAACGGGCGCCAAGGACUACGUGCACUGCCUCCACAAGGUGCUGUUCACGGAGCAGCCUGAGACCUACUACAAGUGGGACAACUGGCCGCCGGAGAGCGACAGAAACUUCUUCCUGCGGCUGUGCUCUGAGGUUCCCCUGCUGGAGGACACCCUGAUGCGCAUCGUGGUGAUCGGCCUGUCCCGGGACCUGCCCUUGGGGCCCGCCGACGCCAUGGAGCUGGCAGACCACCUUGUGAAGAGAGCUGCCGGGGCGCAGUCCGAUGAUCUGGACGUUUUGAGGGUGGAGAGGAUCCAGCUGAUCGAUGCAGUGCUCAACCUCUGUACCUACCACCAUCCGGAGAACAUUGUGAUGCCUUCUGGGUAUCAACCUCCAAAUCUGGCAAUAUCCGCACUCUACUGGAAGGCAUGGCUGCUGUUGCUCGUGGUGGCUGCAUUCAAUCCACAGAAAAUAGGCUUGGCUGCCUGGGACGGCUACCCCACGCUGAAGAUGCUCAUGGAGAUGGUGAUGACCAACAACUACUCCUUCCCGCCGUGCACGGUGGCCGACGAGGACACCAAGACGGAGAUGAUCAGCCGGGAGCUGCAGACCUCCCAGCGGGAGAGGCAGGAGAUCCUGGCCUUCGAGAGCCACCUGGCGGCCGCCUCCACCAAGCAGACCAUCACGGAGAGCAACAGCCUGCUGCUGUCCCAGCUCACCACUCUGGACCCCCAGGGACCCCCUCGCCGGCCCCCUCCCUCGGUCCAGGAGCAGAUAAAGACCCUGAACACGUCUCUACGCCUGGGCCACCUGCUCUGCCGUAGCCGGAACCCCGACUUCCUGCUCAACAUCAUCCAGAGACAGGCCUCCUCUCAGUCCAUGCCCUGGCUGGCCGACCUGGUCCAGUCCAGCGAGGGGUCCUUGGACGUGCUGCCCGUGCAGUGCCUGUGCGAGUUCCUCCUCCACGACGCCGCCGACGACAACUUUCCCACGGAGGACGAGGAUGAGGCAGAGAGCAAGGAGCAGAGGGCCAAGAAGAGACAAAGGCAGCAGAAGCAGAGGCAGCUGCUGGGCCGCCUGCAGGACCUUCUGCUGGGGCCCAAGGCGGACGAGCAGACCACCUGUGAGGUGCUGGACUACUUCCUGCGCCGCCUCAGCUCCUCCCAGGUGGCCUCACGGGUUCUGGCUAUGAAGGGUCUGUCGCUGGUCCUGGGCGAGGGGGGUCUGCGGGACGGCGAGGAGCGCGACCAGCCCAUGGAGGAGGACUCUGCGGACGCCGAGCUCCUGCCCGGGUACCAGUGGCUCCUGCAGGACCUGCCCAAGCUGCCCCUGUUCGACAGCGUCCGCGGCAUGACCUCCACUGCUCUGCAGCAGGCCAUCCACAUGGAGACGGAUCCACAGACCAUCAGCGCCUACCUCAUCUACCUUUCCCAGCAUGCACCGGUGGAGGAGCAGGCUGCACACAACGACUUGGCUCUGGACGUGGCGCGUCUGAUCGUGGAGCGCUCCACCAUCAUGAACAGCCUGUUCUCCAAGCACUCCUGCCGGCCUGAGUCGGACGCCGUGCUGUCGGCCUUCCUCAUGAUCUUCUCCUCCUACAUCCGCCGCAUGCGCAAGACCAAGGAGGGGGAGGACCUGUACAGCUGGUCCGAGUCCCAGGACCAGGUGUUCCUGCGCUGGACUACAGGGGAGACCGCCACCAUGCACAUCUUGGUGGUCCACGCCAUGGUCAUCCUGCUGACCCUGGGACCACCCAAAGGCGAGAGCGACUUCUACGCCCUGCUGGACAUCUGGUUCCCCGACAAGAAGCCCCUGCCCACGGCGUUCCUCGUGGACACGUCGGAGGAGGCGCUGCUGCUGCCCGACUGGCUGAAGCUGCGCAUGAUCCGCUCGGAGGUGUCGCGGCUGGUGGACGCCGCGCUGCAGGACCUGGAGCCCCAGCAGCUGCUGCUGUUCGUGCAGUCCUUCGGCAUCCCCGUGUCCAGCAUGAGCAAGCUGCUGCAGUACCUGGACCAGGCCGUGUCCCACGACCCGCAGACGCUGGAGCAGAACAUCAUGGACAAGCACUACAUGGCCCACCUGGUGGAGGUGCAGCACGAGCGAGGAGCCAGCGGGGGGCACACUUUCCACGGCCUGCUCAGCGCCUCCCUGGACCCACGCCGAGAUUCUACUGAUGGAGGAAAGGCAAAGGUGACUGUGGAAACUCCCCAAAGUUCAGCAAAGAUACGAACAGCCAAUCAGAUGGCCGUCAUUGAACCUACGGAUGACCUCACCAGCCUACUUCUGCAGAUCUUCCCCCUGAAGGCGGACCCCCGCUGGCCGGGCCCCCCUCCCAGCCAGCUGUCCCUGGCCCUGCAGCAGGCCCUGGCCAAGGAGCUGAUGAGGGCCAAGCAGGGCCUGGUCCAACCGGCCGGCCUCGCCUCCAACCUCCUGCAGGCCAUGGCGGCUCUGCUCGGCUCCGCCCACGCCGGCCCCGUCGUCGUGGCGAUGCACCGCAGCCACGCCCUGUCGUGCCCUCUGAUGCGGCAGCUUCACCUCUACCAGCGCCUGGUGACCCAGGACGGGGCGUUCUCCUCCCUGUUCCUCAAGGUGGUGGUGGAGAUGCUCACCUGGCUGGAGAACCCUGCGGUGGAGGCAGGGCCCCUGAAGAGCCUCCUCAAGUCCUUCGCCGGGCAGUACUCCCACAAGCACCGACUCAGUGACGUUCGAGCAGGUUUCCUCCACCUUGCAGAGGCCUUGGCGUACCGGCGUGACAGCGAGGUUGCGGUCAGAGCCGUGAUCGACAUGCUGAAGGCCGGGGAGAGAUGCAACCCAGAGGCUGAGCUCAUAGGCAAAGUGUUGCAGGGGCUGAUGGAGACGAAGUCGCCCUAUCUGGAGGAGCUCCUGUCUCUGCUAAUGACCAUCGGCACCAAGAAUGGGACAGCCGGUCCUGUUGCCAUGGUGAUUUCACUAUUGCUCCGGGAGACAGAGGAGCUGGCUGUGAAGAAAGAGGGGGAGUGCAACAACUCGGAGGUGAGCCAAACCGGGCUCAGCUCGGGUCUGUUGGUGGACUGGCUGGAGCAUCUGGACCCCGAGGUGACCUCCGUUUGCCCAGACCUCCAGCAGAAGCUGCUGUUUGCCCUCAACAAGGGCCGUGGAACCCCUUCCUACAGACCCUACCUGCUGGCCCUGCUCACCCACCAGUCCAACUGGUCCACCCUGCUGCAGUGCAUCAGCGCCGUGCUCAGCAAGCGCAGGGACCAGAGACUGGACCCUUCGCCUGCCCUGGACUUCCUGUGGGCCUGCAGCCACAUCCCACGCAUCUGGCAAGGCCGUGACCAAAAGAUUCCUCAGAAGAAGGCGGAGGAGUUUGUCCUGCGGCUGAGCUCGGAGGAGCUGGUCAGCCUGGUGGAUCUGAUCCUGCUGGAGUCCGAGUUGGCCACCUCCACCCCUGCCGACGAAGCCACCACCACCACCACCACCGCCACCGCCACCACCACCAGCAGCAGUGGGUCCCCGGACCAGACGGCCUGCUCCCUGAUCCAGUCCCGGCUGCCCCUCCUCCUGUCCUGCUGCAGCGCCGACGUGGACCUCAUCAGGAUGGUGUGCGAGUACCUCAUCAGCUGCACCAAGAAGUGGGGCGACAGUGCGAUGAGUAAGCGUUGUCAGAGUCUGCUGCUGCAGAUCUACCUGCAGUCCCCCGAGGUCCUGCAGCACGUCACCCUCCCGGACGACACCUGGAGCAGCGGGGGCGUGGCCGACGGCACCACCUGCAAGAUGGACGUGCUGGUCCAUCGGCUGGUCUCGCUGCUCGCCGAAACGGGAGAGUCCAAGUCUGCGGAGAGCCGCAUGUCAGACGCCAACCUGGCCUGCAGGAAGCUGGCCGUCUCCCACCCCGUGCUCCUACUGCGGCACCUGCCCAUGAUCGCAGGGCUGCUGCAAGGCCGCAUGCACCUCAACCUGCAGGAGUUCCGCCAGCACAACCACCUCACCUUCUUCACCAACGUGCUGGCCAUCCUGGAGCUGCUGCAGCCGCUGGUGUUCCACGCCCACCACCAGAGGGCACUGCAGGACUGCCUGCUCUCCUUCAUGAGGGCCCUCAAGAACUUCCAGCGCAGCCGUUCCCCUUUGCUUUUCAUCAACAAGUUCCUUCAGUUCACGCAAAAAUACAUUACCCACAAUGCAGCGGCAGCGGUGCCUUAUCUACAGAAGCACUCGGACAUAUUGCAGGCUUUGUGCUCGGAGAACCCACACCUGGGGCAGCUGAAGUCUCUGCUGGCUGGGCUCACUCUGCCUGUAAAGAGCUGCUCAGCAGACAGCAACGCUGAUGACGGGGAUGAUGAGCCCACCGGCGGCGCCCUGCCCCUGGUCAACAUCUCGGCCUCCGUGACCCUGACGGCCGGGGACAUGACCCUGUACCUGAAGAAGAUAUCCCGAGGGGAGGCGGUGGAGGAUGUGCUGGAGGUGCUGACCGAGGUGGACGACAAGUCCCGAAGGAGUCCCGAGAUCAUUCAGUACUUCACCAACGACCUCCAGAGGCUGAUGAUGUCGUCGGAGGAGCUGUGCAGGAACAUGGCCUUCAACCUGGCCCUGCGCUGUAUCCAAGGCAACCCCCGACUGGCGAAAGACUUCCUCCCCACCUUCAUGUACUGCAUGGGCAGCGGGAACUUUGAUGUGGUGCAGACGGCACUCAGGAAUCUUCCGGAAUAUGUGCUCCUCUGCCAAGAACAUGCAGACAUAUUGCUCCACAAAGCUUUCCUGGUGGGCAUCUAUGGACAAAUAGACACCAGCGCCAUGAUCGCAGAAGCCAUGAAGGUCCUCCGCAUGGAAGCUACAACGUAACUACUACAGACAGAACUCCUCUGAUCGUCUGCUGUAAACCAGUGUCGUUAUAGCGUUUGUUUUUUGUUUAUUUCCCAUUUCACAAGGAGAUUUGUUAUUCCUCUAGUUCUGCUUAAUUUUAGGUGUGUAAGCAAAACUAAAUGAAAACCUUUUUUUAUCACACUUGUUAGCCUUUGGUACUUUCCUAUUCACUUCGGUUUUAUGAGACCAACAUUUUCAAAAUUGCAAAGUUAAAAUACUGCUUGAAAGUUAAAUUGCUCUUUUUAUUUUUAAGGGAUGUUGGAUGCAUUGCAAAUAUAAAAAAAUAAAACAGUUCCUUUGUGUGUCGCUCCGCA